AUGGGCUGCAUCCGUGCCAGCCUUGCUGUUGUCGAAUCGGACCCUUGCAUCCUGACCUGCGUCACCGGACAACCAAAGCAUUCACCUAUAAGCACCAUCCGCCAUUACUUCGCCGGAGAGCCGUUCAUUCUUACGCCAACGAUGAAAGAUCCCACCUCUCCGCGAUGCAGCGAGCUCGCCCACCCGUCCGUUCCCACGACCGCGCUAGCGCUCUUCAUCGUCGUUGGCAUUCUCGUCUCUUACCUGCCGCAGCACCUGCGCAUCGUGUUUAGGCGCUCGUCCGAGGGCCUGUCGCCGUACUUCGUUCUCCUGGGAACGACGUCGAGCACCUUCGCCAUCGCGAACAUUCUUACGCUUCCGCAGAGCCAGCAGGACAUAGCAUGCUGCAGGGAGAUUAGCAGGUUCGCCUGCAUGGCUGGCCUGUUGGGCAUUGCACAGGUGGCCGUGCAAUGGGGAUGCUUCAGCCUUAUCAUGUUCCUUUUUCUUAUCUUCUUCCCGACUCCAGGACCGGAAGAACAUGUUCCGGGCGCGCCUCCUCCGCCAACCUGGCGCGACGCCCUCGUCGUCGUGCUCACCUGCGUGGUCCACUUCGUCGUCGUCGUGAUCAUAUCGGCAGUCUUUGAACUGUGGUACCCGAACUUGCUUGGAAGCUGGGCGAACUUCCUCGGGAUUUGUGCAGCGCUGCUCGCGUGCAUCCAGUACAUCCCUCAACUGUGGACGACGUGGCGAUUGCAGCAUGUCAUGAGUUUGAGCAUUCCCAUGAUGUGCAUCCAGACGCCAGGCAGCUUCGUGUUCGCAGCCAGCCUGGCCAUUCGAUUAGGCGCAGGAGGUUGGAGUGCGUGGGGUGUAUACAUUGUCACUGGGUGCUUGCAAGGGUGUUUGCUUGCCAUGGGCAUCCGGUUCGAGCUGAGGGACAGACGCAAGAGAAUGCUGGAAGAGCAAGACGCAGAUUCUGGAAGCGACGAAACUUCUGCCCUUCUAGGCGGUAACAGAGCGAACGGGCAGUCAUACGGAGCAGAACAUCAGCAGAACAGAUAAUGGUACAUGAGAUUCGUUAAGCGCUCUACGGGGGUAUACUAUCCGAUGCUUGCCCAAAAUACACCGCCAUGAAAACGCCUCGUACAGC